AGGCAGGCGCCAAACCGCUGCGCCACCCAGGGAUCCCCCUUUAAAAUUUUUUAAUCCUUGUUUAUGGCCCCAAAUAUGGUCUAUAUCCUAGUAGAUGUCCUGAGUACACUUGAAGAAGGUGUAUUCUGCUGCUGUUGGUUGGAGCUCUAGAAAUACCAGUUCAAGAUGGUUCAUAAUGUGGUUUGAGUCUUCCAUACCUUUAUCAUCUACUUGAUCUAACAGUUAUUGAGAAUGGGUUAUUAAAAUAUUUGGCUGUGAGGGUGCUGCUAUGGCUUCCAGCGGGGUCGGCGUGAGCACUGCUGGCACGCCAAAUGAAGCACCAGAAAUUCCAGACAACGUGGGAGAUUGGCUCUGCGGCGUCUACCGUUUCGCCGCCAACAGGAACGAUUUCCAGGGGAACUUGAUCCUCAAUUUGGGACUUUUUGCUGUGGGAGUAUGGCUGGCUAGGAAUUUGAAUGACAUUGACCUAAUGGCACCUCAGCCGGGAGUGUAGCCAAAUAGACACAUGGAACCCCCUGUGCUGUACUUGAACCUUCCAAAACCAGACUUCCAAUUUAUGACCAUCACAAGACUAGCCUUCUUGGAAGUUGAAGCUUCAAUCAGACCACCUUCCCUUCCCGAUUGCUUCAUCUUCUUGAGCCCACUCAGAACUCCAUUCUCUGGUCAGCAGUCAGGUUUCAGCCAAAGUGUUGUCCUCUGUUUUGUAAAAUUCUGUACAUAGUUCCUAAGUUUCUGCAGGGGGUGAUCUUUGCUCUUGUCCUGAGGAAUAACCUAAUGAUAUUUUAACAAAUAUUUGGAAUAAAGACAUAUACAAAGACAAAAUAAAAUAAAUAAAAUAAAAUAAUAAAGUAAAAUAAAAUAAAAUAUUUGGUUGUAACUGUAGAUGUAUUUUUCCCUGUAGUUCCAUCAGGUUUUGCUUCAUGUAUUUGGAAGCUCUUAUUUAGAUGCCUAAACAUUUGGGAUUCUUAUGUCCUCUUGAUGAAUUGAACUUUUUAUCAUUAUGAAGUGAUUUCCUUUAUGCCUGGUAUUAUUCUUUGUUCUGAAAUUUAUUUUUCUAGUAUUAAUAUAGCCAACUACUCCAGUUUUCUUAU